AUGAAUAAUACGCAAUUUCUGGAGAGAGAGAGAGAGAGAGAGAGAGAGAGAGAGAGCCUCCGGAGGGAGAGUUUACUACUGAGUUUGUAGAGAGAGAGAGAAAGCUCGUCUAAGCUCUCUCUAUCCGCUUCUUUUUCUUUUAUUAUUUUUCUGGGUGUGCGUUUGUUUGCUCUGAUUUGGUCUUUCAAGAUCUAGUAAUAUUUGCGGUGAUAUUUGUGGGUUUGGAAUCGAAGACGGGGUUCGUUCAAGAUGUCGUCGCUCAGCAGAGAGCUUGUGUUUCUGAUCUUACAGUUUCUAGACGAGGAAAAGUUCAAAGAGACUGUUCACAAGCUGGAACAGGAAUCUGGGUUUUUCUUCAAUAUGAAAUAUUUUGAGGAUGAGGUGCAUAAUGGUAAUUGGGAUGAGGUCGAGAGGUAUCUCUCUGGGUUCACAAAAGUAGACGACAAUCGGUAUUCAAUGAAAAUCUUUUUCGAGAUAAGGAAGCAGAAGUAUCUUGAGGCAUUGGAUAAGCAUGACCGUUCUAAGGCAGUGGAUAUAUUAGUCAAGGAUUUAAAGGUUUUUGCCACAUUUAAUGAAGAGCUUUUCAAGGAAAUCACUCAGCUCUUGACAUUGGAGAAUUUUAGGGAGAACGAACAACUAUCCAAGUAUGGUGAUACGAAGUCUGCCAGAGCAAUCAUGUUGGUUGAGCUGAAGAAGCUGAUUGAAGCAAAUCCCUUAUUCCGUGAUAAAUUGCAAUUUCCCAACCUUAAAAAUUCUAGGCUAAGAACUCUGAUUAAUCAAAGCUUAAAUUGGCAGCAUCAACUUUGUAAAAACCCAAGGCCAAAUCCGGAUAUAAAAACUCUUUUUGUGGAUCACUCAUGUGGACAACCAAAUGGGGCACGAGCUCCAUCACCUGCAAACAAUCCUCUGCUUGGAUCCUUACCAAAAGCUGGAGGAUUUCCUCCUCUGGGUGCACAUGGGCCUUUUCAACCUGCACCAGCACCGGUUCCAACACCCCUAGCUGGUUGGAUGUCCAAUCCGUCCACUGUUGCUCAUCCUGCAGUUUCAGGAGGAGGAGCAAUUGGUCUUGGUGCUCCUUCAAUCUCAGCUGCAUUGAAGCAUCCAAGGACUCCUCCUACUAACCCUUCUAUAGAUUAUCCAUCUGGGGAUUCCGAUCACGUUUCCAAACGAGCAAGGCCCAUGGGAAUUUCUGAUGAGGUCAAUUUGCCUGUUAAUGUGUUGCCAGUAUCAUUCCCGGGUCAUGGACACAGUCAGGCUUUUAAUCCACAUGAUGAAUUGCCAAAAACUGUCACACGGAUUUUGAACCAGGGUUCAUCACCAAUGAGCAUGGAUUUUCAUCCUGUUCAGCAGACUAUACUUCUUGUUGGUACCAAUGUGGGGGACAUAGGGCUGUGGGAAGUUGGAUCUAGGGAGCGACUGGUUUUGAGGAACUUCAAAGUCUGGGAUCUUAGUGUAUGCUCAGGGUCUCUGCAGACUGCCUUACUGAAGGAUCCUGCUGUUUCUGUUAACCGUGUCAUUUGGAGUCCUGAUGGAUCAUUGUUUGGUGUUGCUUAUUCGAGACACAUUGUUCAAAUAUAUUCUUAUAAUGGGGGUGAUGAUGUGCGGCAGCACCUUGAGAUUGAUGCACAUGCUGGUGGAGUAAAUGAUCUGGCAUUCUCCCACCCCAAUAAGCAACUUUGUGUAAUAACCUGUGGUGAUGACAAGACCAUCAAGGUGUGGGAUGCAACUACUGGUACAAGACAGUAUAUAUUUGAGGGCCAUGAGGCUCCGGUUUAUUCUGUCUGCCCCCAUUAUAAGGAAAAUAUUCAGUUCAUCUUCUCAACAGCACUGGAUGGAAAGAUAAAAGCAUGGUUGUAUGACAAUAUGGGAUCUCGAGUUGAUUAUGAUGCUCCUGGUCGUUGGUGCACAACCAUGGCAUAUAGUGCUGAUGGUACAAGGCUCUUUUCAUGUGGAACAAGUAAAGACGGGGAGUCACAUAUUGUUGAAUGGAAUGAAAGUGAAGGGGCCGUGAAAAGGACCUAUCAAGGUUUCCGCAAGCGUUCCUUGGGUGUUGUGCAAUUUGAUACAACUAAAAACCGAUUUUUGGCUGCUGGUGAUGAAUUCACUAUUAAAUUCUGGGAUAUGGAUAAUGUGCAACUUUUAACAACUGUUGAUGCUGAUGGAGGUCUUCCAGCUAGCCCCCGUAUACGCUUUAACAAGGAUGGCUCUCUUUUGGCUGUUUCUGCCAACGAUAAUGGGAUCAAAAUUUUGGCGAACACUGAUGGCAUAAGGUUGCUUCGCACUUUUGAUAAUCUUUCUUCUUAUGACACAUCAAGGACAUCAGAGGCUGUGAUGAAGCCAACGAUAAAUCCAAUUUCUGCUGCUGCCGCAGCAGCAGCAGCAGCUAGUAGUGCUGGACUUGCAGACAGAGGCUCCUCUGUGGUUUCUAUUACUGGAAUGAAUGGGGAUGCACGAAACUUGGGUGAUGUGAAACCUAAGAUAGCUGAAGAAUCAAAUGACAAAUCUAAGAUUUGGAAGCUCACUGAAAUCAAUGAGCCAGCUCAAUGUCGGUCCUUGAGGCUCCAAGAAAACCUGAGAGUAACAAAGAUAUCAAGGUUAAUCUAUACGAAUUCAGGUAAUGCUGUUCUGGCAUUAGCCUCAAAUGCCAUCCAUUUGCUAUGGAAAUGGCAGCGAAAUGAUCGUAAUUCUGCUGGCAAGGCGACAGCUAGUGUGUUACCUCAAUUGUGGCAACCAACAAGUGGCAUUCUGAUGACCAAUGAUGUUGCUGACACUAAUCCUGAAGAGGCAGUGCCUUGCUUUGCUUUGUCCAAGAAUGAUUCCUAUGUAAUGUCAGCAUCUGGAGGGAAAAUUUCCCUUUUCAAUAUGAUGACAUUUAAGACUAUGACAACUUUCAUGCCACCGCCACCUGCAGCAACAUUUCUGGCUUUCCAUCCUCAAGAUAACAAUAUUAUUGCUAUUGGCAUGGACGAUUCCACAAUUCAGAUAUACAAUGUUCGUGUAGAUGAGGUAAAGAGUAAGCUUAAAGGCCACUCUAAAAGGAUAACUGGCUUAGCUUUCUCUCAUGUACUGAAUGUGCUAGUUUCAUCAGGAGCAGAUGCUCAGCUUUGUGUAUGGAACUCUGAUGGAUGGGAAAAGCAGAGGAAUAGGUUCUUGCCGAUUCCACCUGGGAGGACACCAUCAUCACAAUCAGAUACACGUGUACAGUUUCAUCAGGACCAGCUACACUUCCUGGUUGUGCAUGAGACUCAACUUGCCAUUUAUGAAACAUCAAAACUAGAAUGUAUAAAGCAGUGGAACCAAUCUGCUGCACCAAUCUCUCAUGCAACAUUUUCAUGCGAUAGCCAGCUGGUAUAUGCCAGUUUCUUAGAUGCAACUGUCUGUGUGUUUAAUGCUUCAAAUCUCAAAUUACGGUGUCGUAUCAACCCCACUGCUUAUCUUCCGGCUAAUGUCAGCAGUUCUAAUGUACAGCCACUUGUGAUCGCUGCCCAUCCACAAGAAGCAAAUCAAUUUGCACUAGGGCUAUCAGAUGGAGGGGUUCAUGUGUUUGAACCUCUUGAAUCAGAAGGAAAAUGGGGUGUGCCUCCGCCGGUUGAGAAUGGGUCAGCAAGCAGCGUGCCAAGUGCUGCGGUUGGAGGUUCAGGUUCAGAUCAAGCCCAGAGAUGAUCAUAUGACUACUGCCACUGCCAGAGCACAAGUUCUUUUACAUGCUUGGCUUGCUGGCCUAUUCCAUAUUUAGUUUGUGGUUCAUGAUAUGUAAUUUACUCGAGGAACAAUGUGCAAAGAUGUAGAUUGAAAACAGUUGGGUCGAAUUUGUGUAAGGUAAACGUGUAGGAAUAUUAGAAGGGAAAAUUUUCUUCUUUUUUUUUUUUUUUUUUUUUUCCUCCACAUUUUGUUUCUUUUUCUUAGUUUUCUUUAAAUCCGCAGGGCCAUUUAAAAGGACAAGGCCGACUAAGGUCUUUGCCUAGGGCCCGACGAAAGAAGGGCCAAAAAAAUUAAAAUCUCAUACUAUUACUUUAUGGUAUUUUUAUUUAUGUAAUUGUCGUUUACAUU